CCCGGGUGCAAACAAGCCGGUCAGCUGACCCGGCCCGACUGCGCCGUCAUCCCAGGUAUAAGCGCGCGACCUCCCGGGCGAUCUGCUCCGACCCGGCCGCCGCCACCAUGCAGCCUCCCAGCCUGCUGCUGCUCGCCCUCGGCCUGCUGGCGGCGUCCGCCGCCGCGCUGGUCAGAAUCCCACUGCACAAGUUCAAGUCCAUCCGCCGGACCAUGUCGGAGGUGGGGGGCCCCGUGGAAGAUCUGAUCGCCAAGGGCCCCAUUUGGAAAUAUGCCCAGGGUGUUCCUGCUGUGACUGGAGGUCCCAUCCCCGAGAUGCUCAAGAACUACAUGGACGCCCAGUACUACGGGGAGAUCGGCAUCGGGACCCCCCCACAGUGCUUCACUGUCGUCUUUGACACCGGCUCCUCCAACCUGUGGGUCCCCUCAAUCCACUGCAAGCUGCUGGACAUCGCCUGCUGGAUUCACCACAAGUACAACAGCGGCAAGUCCAGCACGUACGUGAAGAACGGUACAUCCUUUGACAUCCACUAUGGCUCGGGCAGCCUCUCAGGAUACCUGAGCCAGGACACCGUGUCGGUGCCCUGUAAUUCAGCUCUGUUGGGCCUGGGUGGCGUCAAGGUGGAGAGGCAGGUGUUUGGGGAGGCCACCAAGCAGCCGGGCAUCACCUUCAUCGCAGCCAAGUUCGACGGCAUCCUGGGCAUGGCCUACCCCCGCAUCUCGGUCAACAACGUGCUGCCCGUCUUUGAUAACUUGAUGCAACAGAAGCUGGUGGACAAGAACAUCUUCUCCUUCUACCUGAACAGGGACCCUAACGCGCAGCCAGGAGGUGAGCUGAUGCUGGGUGGCACCGACUCCAGGUACUACAAGGGCGCCCUCAGCUACCUGAAUGUCACCCGCAAGGCUUACUGGCAGGUCCACAUGGAUCAGGUGGACGUGGGCAACAGCCUGACCUUGUGCAAGGCGGGCUGUGAGGCCAUUGUGGACACGGGCACCUCCCUCAUCGUGGGCCCUGUGGAAGAGGUGCGCGAGCUACAGAAAGCCAUUGGGGCCGUGCCGCUGAUCCAGGGAGAGUACAUGAUUCCCUGUGAGAAGGUGUCCAGCCUGCCCGAGGUCAUCCUGAAGCUGGGGGGCAAAGACUACAAGCUGUGUGCAGAGGACUACACGCUCAAGGUGUCACAAGCCGGGAAGACCAUCUGCCUGAGCGGCUUCAUGGGCAUGGACAUCCCCCCGCCUGGCGGGCCGCUCUGGAUCCUGGGCGACGUCUUCAUCGGCCGCUACUACACCGUGUUCGACCGCGACGAGAACCGUGUGGGCCUGGCAGAGGCCACUAGGCUGUAGCGGG